AUGGGAGGAAGCAGUGUUCCUCACAACUCACCCUCUCCACCUGGGAGCAAGUCUGCAACUCCCUCACCGUCCAGUUCAGUGCAUGAAGACGAAGCCGAUGAUACUCUAAGAUCAAUGGUGGAGAGAAGCGGCCUGCCUCUGAUAUGGGGAAAAAACCAAAAACUCCCAAAAAGAAGAAGAAGAAGGACCCUAAUGAGCCCCAGAAGCCUGUGUCUGCCUAUGCAUUAUUCUUUCGUGAUACUCAGGCUGCCAUUAAGGGCCAAAAUCCAAAUGCUACCUUUGGUGAAGUCUCCAAAAUUGUGGCUUCAAUGUGGGAUGGUUUAGGAGAAGAGCAAAAACAGGUCUAUAAAAAGAAAACCGAGGCUGCAAAGAAGGAGUACCUGAAGCAACUAGCAGCAUACAGAGCCAGCCUUGUAUCCAAGAGCUACAAUGAACCUGUUGACGUUAAGACAUCUCAGCCUCCUCAGCUGAUCAAUUCGAAGCCAUCAGUGUUCCAUGGGCCCAGCCAGGCCCACUCAGCUCUGUACCUGAGCUCCCACUAUCACCAACAGCCAGGAAUGAGUCCUCACCUCACUGCCAUGCAUCCCAGCCUCCCUAGGAACAUCGCACCCAAGCCGAACAACCAAAUGCCAGUGACUGUGUCUAUAGCCAACAUGGCCGUGUCCCCUCCACCCCCUCUCCAGAUCAGCCCUCCUCUUCACCAGCAUCUGAGCAUGCAGCAGCACCAGCCGCUUACCAUGCAGCAACCCAUUGGAAACCAGCUCCCCAUGCAGGUCCAAUCUGCCUUACACUCUCCCACCAUGCAGCAAGGAUUUACUCUUCAACCUGACUAUCAGACUAUUAUCAAUCCUACAUCUACAGCCGCACAAGUUGUCACCCAAGCAAUGGAGUAUGUGCGUUCUGGGUGCAGAAAUCCUCCCCCCCAGCCUGUGGACUGGAAUAACGACUACUGCAGUAGUGGGGGCAUGCAGACGGACAAAGCACUGUACCUCACCUGAAAAUCUGAACACCUCUCCUUUCCACUGAGGAAUUCAGGGAAGUCUUUUCACCACAAAUUGCUUUGUACAGUCAAGGCAGUUCUCCAUUUUAUUAGAAAAUACAAGUUGCUAAGCACUUAGGGCCAUUUGAGCUUGUGGGUCAUCCACUCUGGAAGACAUAGUCAUGCUUCUUUAUUAUUUCUAAUCCUUUAUGGACAUUGUUCUUCUUCCCUGAAGGAAACAUGGACCAUUCAGAUUUUAUGUUGGUUUUUUGCUGUGAAGUGCUGCGCUCUAGUAUUUAACUGCCUUAGCCACAGUAGAUGUCUCGGGUAACAGUUCUGGCUUUUCCAUUGGUUUUCAUAAUGGGUGUUUAUAUGAAACUACUAAAGACUUUUUAAAUGGCUUGAUGUAGCAGUCAUAGCAAGUUUGUAAAUAGCAUCUAUGUUACACUCUCCUAGAGUAUAAAAUGUGAAUGUUUUUGUAGCUAAAUUGUAAUUUGAAACUGGCUCAUCCCAGUUGGUUGAUUUCACAAGAGGGGUUAAAUUGGCCAACAGUCAUAUUUUUACUUCAUUUUUAAAACAACUGACUAAUAGUUCUAUAUUUUCAAAAUAUUUGAAAAAAAUAUUCCCAAAUGAUUUUAAUUUAAAAACAAAUUGGCUUUGUCUCAUUAAUCAGACAAAAAGAAACUAGUGUUAAGGGAAGCGCAAACACAUUUAUUUUGUACUGCAGAAAAAUUGCUUUUUGUAUCACUUUUUGUGUAAUGGUUAGUAAAUGUCAUUUAAGUCCUUUUAUGUAUAAAACUGCCAAAAGCUUACCUGGUAUCCUAUUAGAUACAGAAACAGAUUGGAAACAGCUAAAUUAUAACCUUUACAUAUGGCUCUGUAUUAUUGUUUCUUCAUACUGUGUCUGUAUUUAAUCUUUUUUUAUGGAACUUGUUGCGCCUAUUUAUGAAAUAAUAAAUAUAGGUGUUUGUAAGUAAA